UUCUUGUUUCAUCAAAAUAUACAUGUAUAUAUAAUAAAUAUUAAAAAACUAGUUAACUUCGUAGAAAUUGCAACUGCAAUUAUGGCUUCGUUACAGCUGAUUCGGAAUGGAUCUAGGCUCAUAACUCUACCGAGUAUUCAGAAUGCUUAUUCAAUACGAAAUAAAUAUUAUUUUGUUAACAAACCAGAACAAGAAGUGAAUCUUGACACGCAGGGUAGCUCAUUAUAUUUUCUUGAAAUUUUUCGUGGUCUUGGAGUUGCAUUAUCCCAUUUCUUUCGAGAACCAGCAACGAUAAAUUAUCCUUUUGAAAAAGGCCCCUUGAGCCCAAGGUUUAGAGGGGAACAUGCACUGAGAAGAUACCCAUCUGGCGAAGAAAGAUGUAUCGCAUGUAAACUUUGCGAAGCUAUAUGUCCUGCUCAAGCUAUUACUAUUGAAGCGGAAACAAGACAAGAUGGAUCUCGUCGUACCACGAGAUACGAUAUUGAUAUGUCCAAGUGUAUUUACUGUGGCUUUUGUCAAGAAGCUUGUCCAGUAGAUGCAAUCGUAGAGGGACCAAACUUUGAGUUUUCUUCAGAAACUCAUGAAGAAAUGCUUUAUAACAAGGAGAAAUUAUUAAAUAACGGAGAUAAAUGGGAAUCUGAGAUAGCUAGCAAUAUACAUGCGGAUCAUCUUUAUCGUUAAUGAGGUCCAUAUAGUUUCGUUAAAUCACGCUAGAAUAUUAUUUAAUAAUAUUAUAAAGUUUAGUAUAAAAUUAGCAUUAGCACGGAUAAAUAUUUAUCUGAAAUAAUAAAAAAUAUAUAUAAUAUCUUUGUGCUAUGGUGCUUAUAAGUGUUUAUAAUAAUGUUCUAUUUUGCUCCAGAGAACAUUUGAUAACAUUUUAUUAUUUAGGGUAAUAAAAAGAAAUUUUUCUAUCGAUCGGGGUAAAAUAAUUUUAUUUAAGUAACUUAUAUUUUUCGGUUAGGUUAACGAUGCAAUGGAAUGAUAAUAAAAAUUGUUGCUUACAUACUCAAAUAGA